UCACCGUGGAUGAAGUGGGUGGUGGUGCGAGUGCCGGUGGUACAGACGAGGGGGCCGGGGCUGAUGCCCCGGCGAAUCAACAGGAGCAGCAACAACAACAACAACAACAACAACAACAAGAACAACAACAACAAGAACAAGAACAAGAACAACAACAACAACAACAGCAACAACAACAACAACAACAGCAACAACUACAACAACAACAACAGUUGCAGUAGCAGCAGCAGCAGCCGUGGGGACCCCCGUCAUGGUGGCCUGGCGGCUUUGGUGGCGGCCCACGCAGCUCGACGUCCAGUGCUAGCUCCAGCUCUGUGAGUUGCCAAUACCAGCUCCAGACUGAUCC